AUGAAUACCAGAUUAAUUUUGCUACCAAGACUGAACUAUAUUCGAAUGUUUAGCAGUUCAAAAAUUGAUCCAAAAGAAAGAUUAUCGUUAUAUGUGUCCGAUUUGCCAUGGACUGUUAGUACUCGAGAACUUGAACAUUAUUUUUCGAAAUUUGGCACAGUUAUAGCCGCAAAAGUGGCUUUUAAUUAUGAAACUGGAUUCUCGAAAGGCAUUGGUUUUGUCCGAUUUUCAGCUGUACAAGCAUAUUCGAAAGCACUAAAAGCAGAAGCUCACGUGAUCGAUGGAAAGACGAUUCGUAUUGUUACAGAAUCGAAAGAAUUAAGAGCGGUACAAAAAUCCGUUAUGCCUCAAGAAAAACCAGAAGAAGAAAUCGAAGAAAAAUAG